AUGGGGAGCCGGCCGGCCAGGUCUGACCUGUUCUGUGGGACGCGAACCCCUAAACUGGUCGGCUGCAUGGAAGAUGAGGAUAACAACGCACAAUGUCCGAAAUGUUCAUUUACCUUCUGCGGUUCUUGCAAGGAAGUACGGCAUCCAGGGAAGCAGUGUCCAACUCCAGAACAAAAGCUCCAGCGCCGGAAGGCGUCAGGCAAGUUGAAUGAAAGGGGGAUGUCACAGGAAAUGCUGAACAUCAGAGAACUGUACAAAGAUGUUCGGGUAUGUUCAAAUUGUCGAAUGGCCAUCAACAAAAGCGCAGGCUGCAAUAAAGUGAUGUGCACUAGUUGUGGUCAGCUAUUUUGCUUUCGUUGCUGCAAGACAAUCAAUGGCUAUGAUCACUUCAAGAACUGUCGGCUCUUCGAGGCUGCAGAUAUGACCGACUGGGACAAGGAAAUGAUUGAACUACAGAAUGGAAUUCAGAUGCGAGCUCAAAAACAACCAUUGGGCGGCACCAUAAGAUGCCCCAAAUGUCGCGAAACAAAUUUCAAGGAUGAUGAGAAAUAUGUCUUCUGUUGGGCGUGCCGAACCAGCUACUGCACACUAUGCAAACGGAUAAUCCAGGAUAAGAUACUAAAGAGGGGGCACUGGGGGUCGCCGGAAUGCGUAGGAAAUUUGCAUGCCCAGUCGAUUAAUGACCAAAUAUUGCAUGAGGUUGAACUUCUCAAAAUACUAGAUGAUAACCCGCCGGCGUUGCUGCGGGAACACUUGUUUGUUCUGGUCCCUAAAACUCCACGUGAAAAAUUAUUCUCGUCAAUCUGCGGAAGAGAUAAAGGCGAUGGCAUGGGAAGAGAUAGCGACGGUGAUGAGGAUGAGAGUCGCAGUGGAGAAGAUGAUCGUGACUCAUGA